GGGCUAGGCCUCGCGCUCGUCGAGGCCCUAUGCUCCUCCUGUGGGCCAGGAGCUCAAGUGUAUCUGGGGGCCCGGAGCAAGGAGCGGGGCGAGGCAGCGGUCGAGGAGCUGAAGGCGUGGCGAAAGGCCUCCGGCCUGAGCUGGCACUUGUGGACGUCGCCGACCCGGAAAGCGUCCGAAAGUGCGCGGAGAUGAUCAAGGAGCGCCACGGCGGAGCCGAUCUCGUGAUCCACAAUGCAGCUGCGCGGAUGACGCCAGAGAAGACGCCGGCGGAGUAUGUUCGGGACUUCGUCACCACCAACAACCUGGGAACCACUGAGAUGCUGCGGACUUUCCUGCCAGUGAUGCGGCCUGGAGGCCGACUCCUGGUGAUUGCCAGCAGCUUCGGCACGCUCACGAAGCUGCCAGAGUCCCUUCAUCCGAAGUUCGAUGUGCAAAAAUCGACCCUCGAGGACCUGGAUAAGGUGAUGCUCGAGUACGCUGCCUCGGUGGAAGCUGGCAAGGCUGCCGAGGAGGGCUGGCCUGACUGGGUCAACAUCCCUUCGAAGGUUGGGCAGGUGGCUGCCGUCAAGGUGGCCGCGGCGACGGCGGACGCGGGCCUCUUCGUCGGCGGAUGCUGUCCUGGGCUGGUCGACACCGCGGCAUCGCGGCCGUGGUUCAAGGUUGUGUUUCCCGCUGGCUUGCAACGCGAGGCCCCCUGUGACCUCGACAUAUCCUUGCAGGAGGAUGCCUCCUUCGUCGUUCGCGUUGCGGGGAGCACCUGGCUGGAAAGCGCACCGCUGCGUCUGUUUGCACAUGGAUCUUGGCACCACUCCGCCGCCCUGCAACAAAAGCGGCUGCGACGAUACAGAGGAGAAGACAACCUGGGGCCUUUCGAGUGCAUGAACAUUUCUUGGGAAGUGCAGGAGCAAGCGCGGGUGAUCUCCUUCCACACCUCCUUGAAGACGUACCUCCAGAGCUGCGCCGCGGUCUUCGUUCAGGAGGUUCCGCAGGGAGCUGGCGACACGAACGCGUCGAAUCCAGCCCUGCCUAGGGAUGGCCAUGAGCUGAAUCCUGGCAUGUAUCCUCCGAUCUUGAACUUCCCAGCGCUGCGGUCUUCCCAGCUCGACUCGUUGGGCUUCCUGCUUUGGGGAGGUUCCAUGGCCAAGGCGGUGUUUGGUCGGAAUGUCACCUCGCACCUGCAGGGCCUGUCGUCAGGGCCUGUAGCUCUCUUCGACAGCAGCCGGGCCACCCUGGUCGUCUCCCCCAUGGACAACUUCAAGAACUCGGUGCACUUCUAUGACGUGGCCAGGAGCACGUGGGAUCUGGGCGUGUCCAGCGAGGUGAUGGCCCUGCCACAAGGUUUCCAGCAUCGCACCCUGAUGGUCGCAGACACUGGCAUCACGAGGGCCAUGGAUAUCUUCGGUGGCCUGCUGCGGCGCGCCUAUGGGACCACCCGGCCUUUGAUGGACCUUGAUCCUGUUGUGAACUACCUUUCCUACUGGACGGACAACGGGGCCUACUACUACGGAGACCAAUGGCAUGAAUCAGGAGGGGGUGGCGAGACGUGUGGGGAAGCCUCCAUGAAGCAGGUAGCCCACGGAUUGGCAGGUCUGGACUUGCUGCAGGCGGUGCAUGUCUGGCAGCUGGAUGACUGGUGGUACCCAGGGCAUCCGGCUGUGUACGUUCACUGUGUCAGGGAGUGGGUGCUUGGCCAGGCUGGCUUCCAUAGCAGCCUGGGCGACCUCCAAAAGGCGCUUGGCAAGCCAUGGCUGCUGUAUGUCCCUUUCUUCUGCAGAGAGAACGCCUACACAGAGCACUUCCGCUUCAUAAACGGCUCCCAUGGGUCCACUGAGUUUGCACUUCCACAUCCUGAUGAAGCCCUAGCUUUCUAUCGGAUGCUGUUUGACUUUGGGAGAGCGAACGGGAUGAAGAGCUUCGAACACGACUUCCUGAAUUUCAACUUCCUGGCCGUACCCCACCUCCGCCAGACCUUCGGAGCAUCCAGGAAGUGGUUGCAGGCGAUGGACGCGGCGGCAGCUUACAGGAUGGUGCCGAUGCAGAUGUGCAUGGCCAUGCCAAGCGACCUCCUGGUUAGCUUGGAGCUCUUGGCCACCACAAACUACCGCGCCAGUGACGACUACGCCUCGCAAGCGAACUUCGACAUCGGAGGAAGCUCCUUGCUGGCCUUCGCCCUGAACCUGAGGCCCUCGAAGGACAGCUUCUGGUCCCAACGCCCGGCAAGCUCCCAGGAAACUGGCCGGCCUUGGGGCCCUCAGGACAACCCAGGAUCCAACUGCGAGCUCAAUGCGCUCAUUGCCACGCUGUCGACAGGGCCGGUGGCCCUUGCGGACAAGGCCUACGAGACGAACCGCACGCUGCUGCUGAGAUGCAUGCGGCCCGACGGGCUUCUUCUGCAGCCGGACAAGCCCGCGACCGCCAUCGAUGCGGUGUACAUGCAGUCUCUAGAGGCCAGGACGGUGCCACCCCCAGGCCUGGUCUGGGCCACCUACUCCCAAGUCCGGGGUGCUGCAAAGGGCCAGAUCUGGCACUACGCCCUCUCCAUCGACCUCCCUCGCCCUUGGCAGCUGCAGCCGGAUGACUUCUACCCCAGUUUGGACAUGGCCCGGAGAUGGGUGGUGAGGAGAUGGCAUAGGAACCAUCGUCCGAACCUCUGCGUGAAUGGCUCGGAAGCGCUGGUGUCGGGUUGCCUACUCGCGGAGAUCAGGGUCGCGCGUGACUUCCCUCACAUCCUGGACGACCGCCCCAUCAUGGUGCAGAACGACACGCACCGUUUUGACCUGUGGCAGUUUUCCCCUGUGGAGGAGAAUGGCUGGGUUUUCCUCGGGGAGGUGGGGAAGUAUGUCAGCGUCAGCAGCAAGCGCUUCCGUCACGUUCAACCUUUGCGCAGUGGUCUGCUCGUGACCUUGGUGGGCGUGCGGGGGGAGGAAGUCCAACUAACUGCUCUCAAGCCCUGCGGCACGGGCUGGACGGUGCUUGAGAAGACCCUGCUGCUCGAGGAUUCGGAGGUUUCCGCUGUCUUUGCCUCGGAACCUUCGGACCCUGCGCUCGGAGGGGUGCUUCAAGUCUAA